UUUCAUACAUGAUUAUUGUUUGAACAUUUAAAAUCACAGAUAUGUUGGUUGGAAGGCACUUCUGAGCAUCAACCAGUGAGAAUUUGUGCUGGGAGCUGGACAGUUGUUCACACUGGAUUAAGCCAGUCCCAGGUGUAGACCUCUGUCAUUAGGUUUCUGCUUUCCAGCCUGCAGUUUCUCAGUUCCCUUUUGAAGGGGAGCUCUACUAUUCUGACCUAGUAUCAUCCACAAGUUUGCUGAUCAUAGAAUGGCCCAGAGGGGACCUCAAAGAUCAUCCAGUUCCAACAACCAUGCCAUGAACAGGGAUACCUUCUGCCUCAUCAUCCAAGAUAAGUUUUCAGCCACUCCAACCAUCCAUCUGGUCUGGUGUGUGUGCUUCAGGAGCCACAGGACACUCAAGGUGUGCUGUAUCCUGUCCCCUUAGCUGUGUGACCAGACCUUUCAUCAUGAUAGCUGUUUGGGUUUAUGAAAUGUGACCUUUCCCUGGUAAGUCUGAGUCACAUCUUCCUGAUUGCUUUCUAAGCUUUCACCCAGCUAAGGGGACAAGCUCUGAGCAUUUUUCCAGAUACUGAGAUGGCGCUGACUGGAUGUAAGCACUGCUUUUGCCUCUCUUAAAAAUGAGCACGUGUAAGUCUUUUCCCAGUCAGUUGGAGACUGUGUGAUAGAUGUUUUUCAUAGGUAAUAGAUACUUGCUUGACAAGCAUGUCAGCUGUGUCUCUUAGCAACCUUGAGUGUAACCCAUCUGGCUCUGUGCAUUUGAGUGCAUCCAGUGUCUCUCAGCUGGUGCUGGCCCUGCUCCUACUUAUCCCUCUCCUUCCUAACUACCACUGGUACAAGCAAGAGGUCUGGGUGCAGACUUUGCCCGUAAAGACUGAGGCAAAGGGAAUGCUGAGUACUUCAGCCUUUUCCAUACCAUCUCUGACAAGGUCUUUGCCUUGUGAGAGACUGAAACAUUGAUGGUUAAUGGCUCAAGCAAUUGCCCAUUUGGAAAAGCUACAGGGGCUUUGCUGAGGCCAGGUUUGCACCCCUGGACCAAAGGGCAGGAGGAGAGGUUUGGGUGUGUGGUGGGAAUUCUCUGAUCUGCAUAAGAGCAGCCCAGGUGCAGGGAAGGUGAGCAGCCACCACCAGAGGAUGACCACGACAAACUGACCUUUGUUUAGCAACAAGCUGGGUUUGAGCCAGGAACCAGUGAUUCCGAAGACUGCCUGAUCAUCAUGGCUCAUGCUACUAUUUAUGUGGGUUGCACCAUUCCUCAAUUACUGAGAGGUGCUCAGAGCAGAAUUUUUCCCUCUCAUUCUCCACUGGGGGUGUUGAGACACUCUGCUUUUUGUUACUGCACAGGGAACGGCACAAUAAAAUCAAAAAGGAAAAUGGAUCAUCUAGAGAGGACAGCAAAUAAUUUUCGACAGGAGGUAAUUACACAAGCAAAAGUGUGUGGAAUCACCAAUGAAUCAGAGACAGUCAAAAGGCUUCGUUUGGCAAUUGCAAAUAAGGAUUUUACUUUCAAAGCAGGACAAUGGGUUGAUUUCUUUAUUCCUGGAGUAUCUGUAGUUGGGGGAUUCUCAAUAUGUUCAAGCCCUGGCCUGUUAGAACGAGAAGGAAUACUAGAGCUGGCAGUAAAGCACACUGUUCAUCCUCCUGCUCACUGGAUUCACACUGAGUGUACUCUUGACUCAGAAGUGGCUCUGCGAGUGGGAGGUGAUUUCUUCUUUGAUCCUCAGCCUGGUGACUCCCCAGUAAACCUAGUGCUGAUAGCAGGGGGUGUUGGAAUUAACCCAUUGUUUUCUAUACUGCUGCAUAUAGCAGAUCUUCAUGGAUACCAAGAGGGUAAAGGAAAUAGACACAAAUUGGGAACAGCGAAGCUGUACUACAGUGCAAAAAAUACGAGUGAACUCCUAUUUAAGAAAAAUAUUCUUGGUUUGAUGAAGGCGUUUCCUGGAAAGAUCACAUGUUGUUUCCACGUCACCCAGCAGCGCUCACAGAUCUGUAAAGAACUGCAGCCACACAUUACAGAGGGAAGAAUAUCUGAAAAGGAUCUAGAGAAACACGUGUCUAAUGAUACUUCAUGGUACAUCUGUGGUCCCCCUCCAAUGAUAGAAUCUAUAUCCAAACUACUCACUAACAUUGGUGUUCCUAGAAACCGUGUUUUCUUUGAGAAAUGGUGGUAGUGACACCUGCUGAAGAGAAAAUUAUAGUAUUUUUUCCAGUGCAUUUUGAUAAGCUAAAAUGUACAGAGAUGGACUAUGAAUUAUUUUGAAGAUUUUAAUGAAGAUGUUCUCAGUGAUUAACUGUAAUAUGCCUGAAAUACAGUGCUGCUGCUUUGGGGGAAAGAAAAGUGAUUUUAUAUUAAAGACAUUGACAUUAA